CCGAACAUUGGAAAUUCGGAAUUUAAUUCAAAGCCCACGCCAAGAAACGAUAAGUCCCAAUCCCCUUUACAUCCCCCUUGCCGCCUUCACGUGUUUACCCCGGCCCGGCCACACUAAGCUCCACCCAACCUGAUAAGCGAAAGAACACCUCGACCACUUGCGCCGCCAACCUUCCCAAAGGGCCUCGCUCGCAUUGAGAGAGACGACGGAACGAAUCACCAGCGGAGGGGCAAUCGACGAAUCUGUCCUCACGAGCUGCGACGACGACCACAUUCCUUUUUGCAUUUCUUUUCUCCUUCUACUUCGAGCCUCAACUCAUUGAGGUUGGUUUUAUUCAUCUUCUUCUUCUAAAUCUAUAGUUCCAGCCCGCCAUGGCGUCUCCCUCGCCGGCAGGCUCAGUCCGGCACCGCGGCGCCCCGGCCCCGAAGAAAGAGAAAUCCCCCGCGGCCGCCACGCUCGCCGUCCCCGCCGACAAAGGGCUCGAGAAGCUGGUCAGGGCGAAUAAAGCGAAGGCGCCUGCGUCGGAGUGGGAUUAUAAGCUUGCGCUUGUCAUCAUCACGGUUCUGGCUUUUGCGACGAGGUUCUGGGGUAUUAGCCAUCCGAAUGAGGUUGUUUUCGAUGAGGUGCAUUUCGGGAAGUUCGCAUCGUACUACCUCGAGCGCACCUACUUCUUCGAUGUCCACCCGCCGUUUGGAAAGCUGCUCUUUGCGCUGAUGGGAUGGUUCGUGGGUUACGAUGGACACUUCCACUUCGAGAACAUCGGAGACUCGUACAUCGCCAACAAAGUCCCCUACGUUGCCUUCCGCGCCAUGCCGGCUCUGCUCGGCGCCCUCACCGUCCCGGUCGUCUUCGAUAUCAUGUGGGAGUCGGGAUACACACUGCCUGCCUGUAUCGUUGCCUCUGGCUUGGUGCUGUUCGAUAACGCGCAUAUUGGACAGACGAGAUUGAUCCUUCUGGAUGCGACGCUCGUCUUUGCGAUGGCGUGUAGCUUGCUCUGCUAUAUCCGAUUCUAUAAGCUGAGACACCAGCCGUUCGGGAGGAAGUGGUGGAAGUGGCUCCUGCUCACCGGCUUUGCGCUCAGCUGCGUUAUUUCGACCAAGUAUGUCGGCACCUUCGCCUUCCUCACUGUCGGAGCUGCUGUCGCCAUUGACCUGUGGAAUCUGCUUGAUGUCAACCGUCGCCAGGGCGCGCUGUCUCUGAUCGACUUCGGCAAGCACUUCGCAGCCCGCGCGUUCGGUCUCAUCUUCGUCCCGUUCCUGUUCUACCUCUUCUGGUUCCAGGUUCACUUCUCCAUCCUCACCAAGUCGGGCCCGGGUGAUGACUUCAUGACCCCGCAGUUCCAGGAGACGCUGAGUGAUAACCUCAUGACGACCAAUGCGGUUACGAUUAACUACUUUGACAACAUCGUGCUCAGACACAAGGAGACCAAGACAUACCUCCACAGCCACCCGGAUAAGUACCCUCUUCGUUACGAUGACGGACGUGUCUCCAGUCAGGGACAGCAGGUUACGGGCUACCCCUUCAACGACACAAACAACCACUGGGAGAUCCUCCCCGCCGACGGCCAAGACACCCUCGACCGCGUCGUCCGCAACCAUGAGCUCGUCAAGCUCCGCCACGUCGUCACAAACACCAUCCUCCUCUCCCACGACGUCGCCUCGCCCUACUACCCCACGAACCAAGAAUUCUCCACCGUCUCCCUCGACGACGCCCACGGCACCCGCCACAACGACACCCUCUUCGAGAUCCGCAUCGAGAACGGCAAGCCCAACCAGGAAUUCAAGAGCCUCGCCGCGCAAUUCAAACUCAUCCACAACCCCAGCAAAGUCGCUAUGUGGACCCACACCACCCCGCUCCCGGACUGGGCCUACAAGCAGCAGGAGAUCAACGGAAACAAGAACGUCGCGCAGUCCUCGAACGUCUGGUUCGUCGAUGAGAUCCCGUCUAUCCCAACAGACAGCCCGCGUCUCCAGCGCGAAGCCCGCCAGGUGAAGACAAUGCCGUUCUUGAAGAAAUGGUUCGAGGUCCAGCGCGCUAUGUUCCACCACAACAACGCCCUGACGAGCAGCCACCCGUACGCUAGCCAGCCGUUCCACUGGCCGUUCCUGCUUCGUGGUGUCAGCUUCUGGACGCACAAUGAUACGCGCUCGCAGAUUUACUUCCUCGGGAACCCGGUUGGGUGGUGGCUCGCGUCGUCGCUGCUUGCGGUGUACGUUGGUAUCAUUGCUGCGGACCAGCUUUCUCUCCGUCGCGGCGCUGAUGCGCUUGAUAUCCGCACCCGCUCCCGCCUCUACAACUCCACAGGCUUCUUCUUCAUCGCCUGGGCCCUCCACUACCUCCCCUUCUACCUCAUGGGCCGCCAACUCUUCCUGCACCACUACCUCCCCGCGCACCUCGCCUCCUGCCUCGUCACCGGCGCCCUCCUCGAAUUCAUCUUCACCAUCGAGCCCGUCGCUCUCGAGGAAGCCGAGUCGGGAACCAAGCACGGAUCCCCCAUGGCGGCGAGAGCGCUGCCUGCGCGCGAGAGGCUGGGUGGUCAGAGUCUGCUGGCGAGCUGGGCGGCGGCGGGAGUGAUUAUGGUCGCGGUGGUGGGGGGGUGGUGGUUUUUUGUGCCGUUGACUUAUGGGUUUCCGUUGAGUGUGGAGGAGGUGAUGGCGAGGAAGUGGUUGGGGUAUGAUUUGCAUUUUGCAAAAUAGGGGGGAGGAUAAAAAAUAUAUAUAGUAGGAAUGAGGGAGUGGGUGCAUGGGUGGGAGGAAAAGUGAAAAGCUUGGGAGUAAUUUUGGGGGGGGGAUGUUGCAGAGAACAUAUAUGAUGAGGG